GGCCUCCCUUUUUACGUAAAUACAACAUGAUAAGAUUAAGCCCAAGUCACGUUACAUGCAGUCAACAUAAGUGAUCUGUAUCUGUUUUAAAAUUCUGCAGAGGUCUGGUGUCCAGUUGUCAAUUUAUUCCCGGCACAGGCAGGGUGUUCAUCUUUCCUCAGUGUGAUUCGUUACUAUGACUUCUGAUGAUGAUGUGGUGACGCUGGAUGAUAUCCAACAGGCCAGAGAUGUGAUAAUGACGUCACCUCUAAACGUCCGUAAGACGCCCAUGUUAAAAGAUAUGACGUCAUAUUUUCCUGAACUUGAUCAAAGCAUGGGCCUGUGUAUGAAACUAGAAGGCAUGCAAACAACAGGUUCUUUCAAAAUUCGCGGAGUAGCGAAUCAAAUGGCAAAUCUUCCACCGGAAGUGAAGAACGGUACCAGGAAGUUAAUCACGAUGUCAGCCGGGAACUAUGGGAAGGCAUUUGCGUAUACUUUGAAUAAACUUAAUCUUCCUGGGUUAUGUUUGAUGCCACUGACCGCGCCGUCAAAUAGGAUAACACUUAUCAAGAGUUACGGGGUGUCUGUGGAACAGUGCCCGAGCUCGGAAUUAACGAGCGAAGUUAACAGAUUUGUCGAGAAAGAAAAUUAUAUUUAUUACCACUCAUUUGAUGAUGCGAGGUUGAUUGCGGGUUACGGAAGCAUAGCUUUAGAAAUUUUGGAAGAUGACGUCAAACCUGACGUAGUUGUCGUCUGCUGCGGUGGCGGAGGGCUCGUGUCAGGGAUUGCAGCAGGAAUAAAACAGUCUGGACUGACGGACUGCAGGAUAUACGCGGUAGAGCCGGAGGGAUCGAGAACCAUGUACGAAAGCUUCAGAAAGGGAGAACCAGUCACGAUGGCCGUCAGUUCUGUCGCUGCGGGAUUAUCUCCUCCAUAUGCAGGAAAGUUAACAUAUCAAUGUUGCCGGAAGUACGUAGAAGAUGUGAUCCUGGUGUCCGAUGAAGAAAUUCUGAAUUGUAUGUCAAGACUCUUUCAUGUUGGCUUAGUGGCGGAACCCUCCGGCUGUGCUGCAAUGGCAGCUAUAUUGAAUAAUAAAAUCCCAAACGUCGCGGGGAAAAAAGUGGUAGCUGUUAUCACCGGAAGUAAUGUGACACUAUCGGAAAUGACAUCAUAUCAAUAGAUAUCAACACAACAUAAUGUUAUUUGUUUAUCGCUAAUAAAAGUCGAGAAUUGUU